UGCGUUUGAGCGAAAAAGGAAGGCGGAAAGAGAGAAAGAAAGGGUCUAUAGUUCUUGUCGGUGUGAUCCCACCCGGGAAUGCUCUUCCCCAUUAAAGUCUAGUGGAAUGAAAUCGUUAUUGUUCUAACAGCAGGGUAGCCCUCGGCGCACGAUGCUCAUAAAAUCUGCAUGAACAUGCCACCUUACUUUCUCCAGACACAGGCCUUCAGGCAGACCAUGCACACAAAUAUGUCAAACUCCUAAGGUACCGUUUGCUCAGAUGCAGGCCUACUUAACAUCUGGUCCCAGUGUUUUAUACCCGUGUGUAAUUCUGCUGUCCGGGUGCUUGACCUCUUUCUGCGCAUGAAAAUGAGAGAAUCUUUUUAUGCUUCGUCUGUAAACUCCCUUCCUCCAUAAAAAAAUAUAUUGCAGACAUCUGCUGGCAUGUCGUUAUUGGUUUUGAAAAACGUGAUAAGACUGUUUGGCAAAUAUUGUUAUAUUCUAAUAUGUUUAUUUUUUUUGAACCUUUUGUUUUUCUGAGAUGAACCGGUGCGAGCAUAGUGGCAGGGGGAGAAAACACCUCUUGUCACUCUGAUCACAACCGGCAGUGCUCUCCCCCACUAAUCAGAGCUGUUCAUUUCCAUAUUCCUAUCACGGAGUUUGUCAUCAGAUUCUCACAUCGCUAUGUCACUUUGUUCCGCUUAUCUCCCUUUCUCCCGCUCGGCUUAUCUCCCCGUUCUCUGUGCGCCUGCCUGCUCGGGCUUAUCUCUUCCUCAUUCUACCCCUUCCCACCCUAUUAUUCCUCCCCCUCCAUCACCCACCCUUCUCCUCCCACACCCUCUGCGCAUGCGCCGUGCCGCCUCAUCGGCAGCCAUUACCUCCCCCUGCGUCACAGAUGGCGGUGGCUGCGUGGAUAGCGUGAUACCAUGGCGCUGCGUUGACUCCAGAUGUGCGCGUGCUCAGGGUCCUCAGCGCGCGUGUGUGUGCCGUUCGAAAGUGUUGACGACAAUGACGAUGUGUGAGGCGAGGAGGAGGUGGUGACCUUUCCCCUUGUCGUGUCUGUUGGAAGCAAACUUCAACAUUACAGGUGAAUGGUGUGAGUGCAUCACGCUUGACCAGCCUGCCCUCCUGUGUGUAGAUGGAAAUAAAUACAAUGCUGUUAUAAUCCCGAAGGAGAAGACGGGAGCUCUACGCGGAAGCCCGGAUGCACAGAUGUCACGUUAGAGACGAGUUUCCCUGCCAUGGAAGCAUUUGCUACUCAAAAACAGAAGAAUUCCCGUCAAGACAUCCUCUUGCAGCCAAGCUUUGUUUGUUGUCCUUGUGGACGGAAGAAGAGACAAGGAGAUGGUGCAGCGACAUUUGUGCAGCAUGCGAGUCGCGGACGUUGUUAAGGAAAUGUCAAGGAAGCUGGACAUCUGACAAACUGGGCAAAAAACCUGUUUCGACAAGCGGCGCCUCUACUUGAAGUGUAAUCCAAGAUUUAUGUGAGUAAUUUCAAGCACGCGCAAGCUAGGAAGAAGCUCAAGCCCCCAUUUUGUGCGUCACGUGACGGUUUUGCGCGCGCACAUUAUCUGCUGCAUGGAGCUUUCCACGGCGCUCAGUAAUUCUCACGCACAGUGACUCCGUCUCCGCGGCUGGAAAAAGGACCCCUGAUUAUCAGUCAUCUGCCAUGCUUUGGUGCGUAUCAGGUUGAGCGUGGAGAAAAAUAUUUAUCAGCGUUCUUUGCAGUGUCUCGCAAGAUAUGCCUUGAACAAGCAGUCACUUGUUAACCUCGCACAGAGUGACACUCAUUCCUCGAGAAAAAGGCCAACAUGGAUGUCGCAGCCGGUCCAGAGAGAAAAGGAAACCAAAUUAAAAGAAAUGUUGUUUAGAUUUAUUAUCAGACAACGUCGACCGUUAGAGAAGUGCUAGUUAGAUUUACGAACAGUCAGUGAAUACUACUCCCCCCGGUGAUAAAAGGGAUAAAGUCCGCUUUAACGUAAAAAAAACUGAGGCAAAGGGAGACAACGCACCGUGCUCAUUAAGCUCCCCUUUCGCAUGGAAGUCGACAGGAAGUGAAAGAUAGGAUCAGGCAAGACACAACAUGAAAGGUCAGUAAUCUACCGCAACGGAUAUCGCGUGACCCCUCGUUGGUACGUGGCGAGUCAAGAUGGCGUCGCGCUGGACGUUGACGUGAUAAUCGCCCUUUGUUGAUUGUGACAGUUACGUAAAGAUUUUAAAAAAUAGUUUUACCGGAUUAGUGGAGUCUGGUUUCUGGGGUAACUUGACACUGCGAUGCUUUCUGGAGAUUCGCGGCUAUAAAUACUUAUCGUCCAAACGUUUGUGGAAUCCUUUGUUUAUCAAAAAACAAAGUGCAGUCAGCGUUGAGUGGGAGGUGUACCCAAGGUGGGGUUUUGGGGGAGUUAGCAGGGUGGUAGGUUUCGUAAGUUACCAGACAGUGAGUUUUAGCAGUUUUAAGUGUGAAAGACAGUUGGAUUUGCAGUUGCAAGACUGUGGGCUUGAACCAUUUAGAGAAAUUUUGGAACCUCGUGCUUACUAGCUUUCUACAGUCUGACCUGUCGCCUAGUGGUCCUUGCACGCGCCUCUACGUGAAUACCACGUGAAGACUGACUGACCGCCAAACACAUAGCUCAAAGCGAUUGAAUGAGAACAAACUAUUCUGAGAAGAAUACCCGCUUGAGAUACCCGAACAACUGUGCUGCGCUUUCCCUACACUCAGACGUUCGUAUCUUCUCGAACCCUCGACAGCAAUAAAGAAACAAAUGAAGACCAAACGAGGCUGCAGUGGAUUUUUUUACCUGUGCCACCGCAGCCAUUGAAACACACUGACCCAGACAUCAAGUAACUUUGACCUUGCAUCAUGAACGGAAGUGACGUAGCUACCUCCUCGUAUGCAGACGACAUCCAGCUCUGUUCUCCAGGAUACUUCUCACGGGGCUACGAUGCCUCGGGUUACAAUGGCUACAACAGCAGCAUCAGCGGUGUGGGCUGCAACACCAGCGUCAACGACAGCGAGCUGGUGGACUCCUACUCCGAUGUUCCGGGCAGCGACCACAUGGCUCAGAUCCUGAGCAUGGUGGUGAUGCUCAACCGCACCAACCCGUCAGAGUAUGCCAUCCCUGUCAACGGUUACGUCUCUCCGAUCCUCAUCUUCCUCACCAUCAUCAACAUCCUGGUGUGCGUGGUGCUGCUCAAACGCCACAUGCGCAGCCCCACCAACGUGCUCGUCGCCAUGGCGAUCUCGGACAUGCUGACGGGGUUUCCGGUGCCCAUCUUUAUCCAUUUCUUUGGGACAGACCGGUUCUGGGAGUUGCCGUUCGAGUGGUGUCUGGCGCACAAGUACCUGAUCGAGCUCCUCCCUACGGUGUUCCACACCUCGUCCAUCUGGCUGACCAUGGCAUUGGCCAUCCAGCGCUAUAUCUACGUCUGCCAUUCCUUCAAGGCACGCACCUGGUGCACCAUCGAGAAUGUCAUCCGCGGCACCGUCCUUAUCUACAUCCUGGCCUUCCUGAGUCAGCUCUGUCGCUUCCUUGAAGAGUACCCCGUGCCGGUCACCUUGCCUUCGGCUGUGCACCCGAACAAGACCAUAGUCGGGUGCGUGAUGCAGAUGCAUUUGUGGGCCGAGGCCAGCCAAAACAUCUACUACAACGUGUACUACUGGUUCCGAGUCAUCUUCAUUCACCUCGUCCCUUGCAUCUCCCUCGUCGUCAUGAACGCUUUGCUCAUCUACGCCAUGCGCGUGGCUCAACGGCGCCGGAAGCUGCUCUUGCGCCAGAACAAGAAGAGCGAGUCGAAAAAACUCAAGGACAGCAACUGCACCACCUUGAUGCUGGUGCUGGUGGUGGGGCUGUUUCUACUAGUGGAGUUCCCGCUGGGAAUUCUCAUGAUCAUCAUGAUCAUCCAAAACACCUUCAACAUCCACAUCCUGGAACCCGGGGCCUUCAGCACCCUUUCGCUCUUCUCGAACCUGUUUAUCCUGCUGAGCUACCCUCUCAACUUUUUCAUCUACUGCGGGAUGAGCAAGCAGUUCCGGGAGACGUUCAAACGGCUGUUUACGGGCGACUCCAUGCCGAUGGAGCGGGAGUACUCGCAGUACAUGACCCUCCCCACGGAGAACGGCAGGACUGCCGUGACAGGGGACGAAACUGCUUUGUGAAGUGCGCUAGAAGAGUGGUGUUCUCUUAGAAGCACAUAAACGAGGCGGCGAUCUGAGGCCCCUCGUGACCACUAACCUAGCUUGAAGCCACGUUUUCACUGGUUGGAAGGAGCGCAUAUAGAGAAAGGCAGCGCUUGUUGAUUCUUACAAAAUCUGAAAAAAAAAUCUCUGAUUGUUUGUUUACACGUAAGGUGGGAGAGAGACAAAUCCCAAACCAUGAAUGUAGUUUGGAGCAGUUGGAAUGGUGGGUCGAGUUUGAUAGCUUGGUUUAAAACAGGGGGGUCUUUUCUCCCACCACACUGCUCACAUCUAGCAGCUUGCAAGGGUCCCCUUGUCAUCGGUGAUGAUAUUCCACUUUUGUCGCCCGACGAUACAUUUCUUUGAAAUUGAGUAAAUUUGCCAAUCGUGAUGGGGAGUUGAUUAAGUCAAUAACUUAAAAUCUGAUUUUUUUCUCUUUUAAGAAGCCGUGUUUCAUGGUCAUAUGAGCCACAGGCUUUGGCAACAUCAUGCGCUUGAGCCCCGAGGCAGAACCGAAGGACUCGGCAGAACUGUAAUCACGCCAUUAUGGUGGUGGCACUGUGAGCCUUUUGAUGAAUCCUCAGCCAUUCACUUCUGAGUUCUUUAUCAAAGAGACUGAAAGUAGAAUACUUUCAGCCACAUUAAGUUUAUGUGGCUGAAGCCUACGGACAAUCUUUUUUUUCCGCGCCCUCAACACACUGACCCGGAUCGCGACUCUAGCUUUGAUUUCUCGGAGUUAUAAAAUAAGCCAGGUCCAGUUCAUUGGUUUUGAAAACUGGAUGCUAUUGAUGUCGAUGGUUUUAAUGUGUGUGUCACCUUUCGUGAAGAU